AUGGCUGCCUUCUCCAAGCUUCGGCCCUCGGAGAAGCAGAUCGCUCAAUUGACGAAGGCUUACUUGAGACACCAGCCUCUCGUUCAGCGCUCUCUGACAUUUGGGUUCAUCUUCUAUGUCUUGACGACGACAUACCGCGGCCUCGCUGGCCGUUCGUCUCCCCGCAGCAAGAGCAAGUCCAAGGGCACUUCCGAUGCCAAGGAUGGGAAGCCUCAGCGAGUAGCAGUUGACGAGGUGUUCUAUAAGCGACUAGGGGCUAUACUUCGCAUCGUCAUCCCAAGCCUUCGUUCAAAGGAAGCCCUGCUGUUGCUGAUGCACUCCAGUCUUCUGAUAUUCAGAACCGCCAUCUCUCUUUAUGUCGCUGCUCUUGAUGGAAAGAUCGUCGCGUCAUUAGUUCGGGGUCAGACUGUUCAGUUCCUAUUGAACAUCGUUCGGUGGCUACUCGUGGCUAUCCCGGCUACAUGGACCAACAGCUGGCUAAGCUAUGUACAAAAUAAACUUGCCAUAGCCUACCGCACCCGUCUUACCAAAGAAGUCAUCAAACAAUACCUUGGUGAGGGUGGCGAGGGCCCGGAGGGCAAAGUGUAUUAUAAACUGUCGAAUUUGGACGACAGGAUCAAGAACCCGGACCAGAUGAUCACUCACGAUAUUCAACGCUUUUCGACACAUCUAGCUGCUAUUUAUGCUAAUAUUGCCAAACCUAUAUUGGACGUCAUCUUGUACAACUAUCAACUUUCCCAGAACGUUGGCGCAGAAGGUCUCUUCGUCCUCACCAUCUUCAUCCAAUUAUCUUCCGCCCUUCUGAGGGCUGUAACACCAUCCUUCGGCACAUACACUGCCCAGUCCGCUGCACUCGCCGGUUCUCUUCGGCAUACUCACUUCCGACUAUCCGAGUUCUCGGAAGAGGUGGCGUUCUUUGGUGGUGAGGAGGCCGAGAAGCAGCUGCUCGAGAGAGAAUAUGCUGCACUUGUCAAGCAUGAAGAGAACGUGAUGACCAAACGGUGGUGGUACUUCUGUGCAGAAGAGGGCAUCAUCAAAUGGUUGUGGGGAAGCUUUGGUCUCAUGGUGUGCGCGAUACCAGUGUUCUUCAAACUACCAGGCAUAUCAAGCUUCGACCUCGGUAGCCGGACAGAAGGUUUCGUCACAAACCGACGUCUUCUGCUGUCGUCAUCAGAUGCCAUUGGACGAGUAAUGUACUCGUACAAAGACCUUGCUGAACUUGCCGGAUACACCUCUCGUGUUUCUCAGCUGCUUGAUACCAUGGCGGAUGUGAAGAAAGGCAAAUUUGAGAAAGCCCUCGUCAGUGGAGCUAGGGAAGGGGAGAACGGAAGAAUUCUUCGUGGACGGGGCCAAGUUUUCGAGUCGGAGGAGAUCAGCUUCGAAAAUGUGCCUAUCGUGACUCCAAAUGGCGACAUCCUCGUCAAGUCGCUCAGCUUCUACGUCAGGCCUGGGAAACAUCUCCUCAUUGUUGGCCCGAAUGGUGCCGGAAAAUCCUCAUUGUUCCGUAUCCUUGGUGGUCUGUGGCCGGUUUACGGUGGCAUCGUGCGCAAGCCACCAGCGUCAGAAUUUAUCCUCAUUCCUCAGCGGCCCUAUCUUACGGUCGGCACCCUACGAGAUCAAAUCAUCUACCCUCAUUCUGAGAAAGAGAUGAGAUCCCGGGGCGUUACUGACGAAGAGCUGCUUAAAGUUCUGGUCAUGGUACAGAUGGAUCACAUCGUGGAGCGUGAAGGUGGUUGGGAUGUCACGAGGGAAUGGCGAGAUACACUAAGUGGAGGUGAUAAGCAAAAGGUUGCCUGGGCACGGCUAUUCUAUCAUCAGCCGAAAUAUGCUAUACUUGACGAGGCAACUUCGCUGGUACCCCCUGAUAUGGAGGGUCUGAUGAUGGAACAUGCGACAGAAAUGGGGAUUACUCUGCUCACUGUGUCGCAUCGACCGUCAUUGUGGAAAUACCACUCCAUGAUUUUACAGUACGAUGGCCAGGGCGGAUAUGUGUUUACCAAACUGGAUGCGGAGAAACGCCUGGCGCUCCAAGAGGAGAAGCAGGAUCUUGAAGCUAAGCUACUUGAGCUGUAA